AUGUAUUCUCUCUGGUAUCAAUCAGUUCCUAUAUUCUCUCUGGUAAGAAGCAGUUACUAUGUAUUCUCUCUAGUAUCAAUCAGUUCCUAUAUUCUCUCUGGACUCCCUUUAGCCCCGGAUGCAGCAAAUACCACAACAACCAUGGCAGAGUCAACGACUACCAUGCCAGAGUCAACGACUGUUUCGUCAAAUAGUUCAGAUGGUACCUCCAUAGUUUCUAUAAUUACUGUUACUACUAUUGAUAACUCGUCAUCCAGUAUGCAGACAGAAAUAACUACUGACAUCACAAAUACUAGUGAUAUAACAGCACCAAUCACUUUUAUAUCAUCCGAACCAAUAUCAAAUUCUUCUUCUUCCAUUAAUACAUCUCCAGCUACCGUUGGUCCUCUCGCAACAACACAGGCUUCUGCUUUCGGUUUUGAUGGAGCGUCGUUUGGUGGUGGUAUAGCCUUAGGUGCUGGACUCUUGUUAAUAACGUUUAUAGCUUAUAGAUGUUACGUGAUUAGAGCUAAUGGACAACAAAAAUACAACGCCAUGUAGGCUUGAACUUACUGUUAACUGGACUGUUGUGUUGAAUGUGUGAUGGAUGGGAAAAAAUACAAAAAUUAAUAAUAUCAUUUUGAAGGUUCUCUAAACAUGCGUUGGAAGAUUGUUGUGAUUACAUCUAAAUUGAAUACUGUUGAACAAAUUUCGCUUUGUUUGAUUUCUAAUGGUAUCUAAACUAUUCUAGAUCUAACGCCGUUGUAAGAAAUAAUUGUUCUCUAAUUCAACCAAUCAAAUAGCUUGUUCAGUAACAAUUGUCUAUUUUCAGAGGAUUCUUGCAUAAAUUAGCUCAUCAAUCGCGUUGUCGAGAAUUUCCAUUCAAAGAACGAAUGUUAAAUCUGGAAUGGUUGCAAUAACCAAAAGGCACAGAAAAUAAACUAAGCAUGUUGCAUUUAAUCCAUUUUUAGCUUUUUGGAAAUUGUGGGAGAUCUCAUUCAAUCGAAACCAUAACCGUAAUUCAUUAUAUCAAGAGAUCCACGUGAAUCCUCGAUUUUGAUUUCCUGAUUUAAAAAGAUCAUAAUUUUUUUUCCAAAACCAUCAUUAGAAUAGUUCAUUUUGAAAACAUAGGUUGCACAUCUCAUUUGUUAAAAAAAGAAUAAAGUUUUUUGAUUCAAAA